AAGCGCGCGCGUCCAAGUCAUUGCUCUGAGUGCGCUCGCGCAGAUGCCGCUUGGCUCCCGACCGGACCGACCGUUCAAAAUGUUGAAGUUAUUAGUAUUUGUGUGCUUCGCGUCCCAAGUCUUCGCAAACAGCGAUGACCGGUUCAUCAAGAAAUACGCCAUGAUGAAGAUUUACGAAAGCUGUUUCGGACCCGAAGUAGUGAAACAAAUCCGCAAAGAAAUGAAGGAGGCGUAUGCAAAGUGCUCCGCACCGCCAUCUGUCGAAGAACCGCCGAACCCGCAGAUACCGUCUAUAUUGCUAGGAAAACUCCCGCCCGGCUUCUCGAUGGACCCGAGCACGCAAACCAUCAUUAAGCCGCUAGAUGGCGCUAUUCACAACAACCAAGAAAAUGAACACAACCAAGACCAGCCAAUGCCACCUCAGAAACCACCCAUGGGACCAGGAGGAGUGCCAUUUAAUUUCAGGCCACAUGCGAUGCCUCCUGUGAGGAUUGAACUCACGACCCCUGGUUUACGAGACCAGUGCUCUACCACUGAGCUAAAGAGGCGAUGA